GCACGGCCGUGCAAUGUCCCAUGAGUCGAUUGAUCGUGAAAGUGACCCUUCGCCGGAGUGACUUUGGUCCCCCAAGCAGUGGCUUGUGCGCUUGGAUCUGCCCCCUGUCCGCUUUCCCUUAAAGCCGCACACUGAAGGUCACUCGGCUUUCAGUACUAGGGUCAAUUUUGCGUGCAGCCGAAUGAGAGGUUGACAACGACACCACCAACAGCGACUACCAUACCUUUUGCCACGGCCGUGAACACCAGCGGACUACUGCAAUCAACGCCGACGACCUGAGUGCGAAGGCUACGCAGGAGCCUGCCAGGGCCGCCGUCGCGCAGCUGCUCGUGGACUCCGUGGGGAGUGGCCGGCUGGAGGGCGCGGUCGCAUCCGUGGGGGCGGAAGGCCAACCGUGGGACUACGUCGCCGUGAUGCAGGAGGGGGACACGACGCUCGGGUUCAAGAUGCAGUUCGACAGAGCGGAGACGAUCGCCGUGAACGUCGUGCAGCCUGGCGGCGCGGCAGAAAGGUGCGGUGUGGCCGUGGGCGACUGCCUGGUGACCGUCGCGGGCCACGAGGUGAAGAGCCUCGGGAAGAAGGCCACCAUCUCGGCCCUCCGGAGCGGGCAGAGGCCCCUCGAGCUGGGCUUCAAGCGCGCAGGCCCGCCAGCGUCGAAGUCCUUCGUCGCCGAGGCCUCGCGGGCCGCCCCGGGCGCCGCCGCCGCCCGCGGUGGUGGUGCGGCGUCAGGCGAGCCGUCGGCCGCCGCCAGGGCCUGGUGGGCCUCCUCGAGCCGCGGCGGCGCGGCGCCUGACGCGGGAGGCGGCUUCGGUAUGCCCGCCGCGCGGACGACGGCUUCGCCGCUGGCAGCGAUGAGUGCCGCCAGCGCCUACGGCCCGGAGCUGAGGUGCAUCGGGGUGGGCCCCCCGCUGCUGUUCAUCUGAGGCCGGACCGUGUUUUUUUUUUUUUUGUGUGUGUGUGUGUUUUUUGUUUUUUGUUUUUGGUUUCACCGUUGUAGGAUCCUCGUUCGGGAGGGGCCAGCUCGUCGGGCCGAGGUGCACACGCCCUCCAGGCCAAGCCAGGAGGGCGUGUCCGGCGGUCCUGGGCACAGAACUGGCCUCGCCGGGACCGGUGCCGCUGUAUCGUCGGUGCCCCUCCUGGGCGGCCGGGAUUGGCUCACCCUGCCGCGGUGUCAGGAGGGCGGUGCCUCAACGCCCUGCCCUGGGCGUUGGAGAGCCGCCCUCCCUGCCAGCGCGUGGCGCUCAGAAAGCAGCGGCGCCCGUUCCUGCUUCCAGCAGCGGCUGCGGGGAGG